GGGCGCGGGCUCGGGCGGAGAGACCGGAGCGGGCGGGCGAGUGGGCGGGCGAGUGCUCGCAUCGUGCGUGCGCGAGUCGAGUACCAAAACUGAAGACCAAGUCGCGUCUGUCAUUCAUUUCGAUCGGGUGGUCCACGUGCGCGGCACGCGCUGGUGGCGUCUUCUCGACCUCCUCCACCCAUUCUUUUCCUCCACAAGCUCCCGUAAUCAUACUCUCCAUCUCCAUUAUACCAACCCUCCUUCACCCUACUCAAGUCCUCCUUCCCCUCCCAAGUUUAAGCGAUCACCACCUCCAUCCCAUCAACCACCAAACAGACACAAACAUCCAAAUCCACAUCCGCGCUUCUUCAGCCACCCAUAUAUAAUCAAGCAAGCAAGCAUGUUCCACAACUUCGUCCGGCGCAUCUCCGGCUCCCUCUUCCUGCGCCCCGACCGGCCCUGGAGCGACGACGCGACCUCCAACGCGCCCCAGAUCGGCACGAAGCGCCGCGCGCGCGAGGACGACGAGCACGACGACUGCCCCGCGCCCGCCAAGCGCUCCAGGCCUGCAGACGCGGAGGGCAGGGACGAGAGCCCCGCGCCCGCCAAGGAGACGGCUGGGGUGAAGGAGAUCAGGGAGGGCGUAAGGGACGUCGAGCUCGACGGCGGGGAGGGGGGGAGUAAGGAGGAGAAGGAAGGAGAGGAGAAGGAAGGGGAGGAGAAGCACGGGGAGGGGAAGGAGGGGGGGGAGCAAGAAGAGGAGGACAAGGAAAGAGAGGAGCUGGACAAGGCGGCCGCCGUGCCCCUCCCCGCGGAGACCCCGCAGCCUCUCCCGGCGGACAAGGAGGCCGCCGUGCCGCUGCCCGAGGACCCCGAGGAGACGCAGGGCGAGCCGAACGCUGCCCCGCUGCCCGAGGAGACGCAGGGCGAGCCGAACGCUGCCCCGCUGCCCGAGGAGACGCAGGGCGAGCCGAACGCUGCCCCGCUGCCCGCGGACGAGGAGGCCGCCGCGGACGCCCCGCUGCCCGCGGACAAGGAGGGCGAGGACGCCGCAGAAAAGAAGACGGUCCCCGAACCCACCCAGCCAGAGCCCGCGUCCACGUCUUCUGCCGCCGCCCCCGCCCCGGAGCCCGCAGAACCAGAACCAACCCCCGCGCCCACCACCGACGCCGUCGAGUCGCGCUAA